UCACGGGGGAGCGGUAACUCAAUAUCAGAGCGCACCCUUCACAAUGGCGUCCGCAAUGGAAAACGAUGUUCUGUCAACUUCGGAGAUCGACAAUUCGCUACCCAGAAAAAAAUUCACUUCAGGAGGGAAAUUCUGCAAAGCCUAUGGAUGUAAUAGCCGCCAGUUCAAGUGUUAUAAGGGCGAGAAAGUGCCAACCAACAUCUCGUUUUUUAAGAUCCCCCAAAAAGUGCUCAAUGACAACAAGUCACUGAAGCACUGGGCUUGUUUAGUGAAAAGGCAGCUCGGAAAAGACAAUUUUACAAUGAACAAGAACACUGUAUUCUGUGAAAAACAUUUCAAAGAGUCUGACAUCAUCAGGCUGUCAAGAACAGGAGUUCAGCUUCAGGUUCCAAGGCUCAGAGAAGGUGCAGCACCAGUGAUUCAUUCCUGGACAACUGUCAAACCAGAGAGGCCAACACCAAAAGUGCGACAUUGCCCUCCUCCAAAGACCAAAGGAUCACCUGGACUUAAUAACAGGAGUGAUGUACCUGAACCUGAUACUAGUGCCCCCACCAUGGACGUAGCCAGUGGUUCUGGUCCAGACCCUGAUGACUGCAUGGACACAGAUACAUUGGCCCCUGAUGACAGCACCGCAACAACUCCAGACACAGCUUCAGAGAUUGUGACAUCCCCAAAACCUGUGCAAGUGAGCGUUUCUACACAAACAUCCAGGACACUUGUUUCGACUUCAACCCAGACCGGGAGUGAUUCAACUUAUGUACCUGACCAUGAUUAUACAUUUGUAAAAGAUGACUCAAAGACUUUAGAGUCCUACAAGGAAUAUGUCAUGCAGUUGGAAAAGAAACUUAUGUCGGUUCAGAAGGAGUGCAUUGGUCUAAAGAAAUUAGUUACUAACUUAAAGGAGCAGAUUAAGGAAUUUAAGCUCUUUUCUCCUCUGACAUUUAAAGAAGACAAUGAUGCCAUAAGAUUUUACACAGGAUUUCAAUGUUUUGAUGAUUUUCUGGCUGUGUACGAAUACCUUGCUCCCAAAGCCAUUAAUCUCCAGUACAGGAGAAGUAGUAGCACUGUGUCUGAUUCUAAGCCACAUCAGAGGCCAGGUAGAUGUAGACCAGGACCCAAGAGAAAGUGCAGUCUACUAGACGAGUUCUUCCUUGUAUUAGUUAGACUGAAAGUUGGACUGUUUCACAAAGAUCUUGCCAUCAGGUUUGGUUUGUCAGAAAGCACAGUCUCUCGUAUUGUAGGCACUUGGGUAAACUUUCUUUAUUAUGAACUCCCAAUGCUGUUCCCAUUUCCAUCACAAUCUGCUGUCAGAGCAAACAUGCCUUUAGAGUUCUCUAAGUACCCUACAACUAGAAUAAUCAUUGACUGUACAGAGAUUUUCAUUGAAGUUCCAUCUGCUAUGCUUGCACAGUCCCAGACAUGGUCAAACUACAAGCAUCACAACACAUGGAAGGCACUGGUAGGAAUCAGUCCGAAUGGUAUGAUAACUUUUGUCUCAAAGCUAUGGUCAGGCAGAGUUUCCGAUAAGGCCAUAACCAGAGAUUCUGGUGUACUAGACCUGUUAGAACCAGGGGAUAAUGUUAUGGCAGACCGUGGCUUUGAGAUCACAGAUAUUUUGCCACCAGGUGUUAGCCUGAAUAUCCCGCCAUUUAAGGGUGAACGUGAUGCUCUGUCUCCAUCAGAAGUUCAGGAGACAAUAGAUAUCGCAUGUGUCAGGAUUCAUGUUGAAAGGGCGAUUGGGAGAGUUAAGAAUUACCAUAUUCUAGACGGAGUAAUGCCCAUUACACUGACACAACAUGCAGACCAAGUAUUCACCGUGUGUGCAUACCUGAGUAACUUCUCACCACCGCUUGUUGGGAAAUCAAGAUCAAUCUGAUAGUGCUUUGACUUUCCAUGUUAUACUAUUCACAUACCAGCAGGUAGACAUGCACUGUACCUAAAAGUGAUGAUAAAUACAAAAUGUAGUGUAUAUUCGCAUCCUUCAAAUCAUGUUUUUGAGAAAAGUUGACAACAUGUAUAUAUCACUAAUGGUGUUGCAAAUAAUAUGCAAACAUUCUUACUACAUUUUCACUGUAAGGAAAAUCA